AUUGUCGUUUCAGCGGUGUCAACGACGGUGUCGCUUGUGUUGGCUUCCCUAUCAGCCGUGCUGAUUUUUUCGGGUAUGCAAAUGUAUCGGCCCUUUUUGGCCUCCUCUCAAAUUGCUACCAUCUUCGGUGGGUACCUCGGAUCGUGGCUUUUUAUCCUUUCCCUAACCGCGGUGUCAAACCUGGAAGCGGUUGUGCUAGGCUACGGAUUUCAGGCUAAGUUUUUUCCGGAAGUUUCUUUCUGCCUGAUUGUUGCCCUGUUUGCGUGCGGUAUGGUGCAUCGCGUUUGUGUCACUUCGUGCGUACUCUUUUCGAUUGCGGCCCUUUAUUACGUUAACAAAAUAUCGCACAAAGUACACAACGUUGCGGUACAGGUGGAUAGCUAUGCUGGGAAGAAAAAGAAAAAAUGA